AUGUCAGUGAAGAAGAUCGAUAUCACCUCGGAUGUGAAUUGUCCUUUUUGUUUAAUAGGUGUCAAGCAGAUCCUCAAUGCCACCGAAAAGUACAAAGCGAAACAUCCUUCGUCCCCCGACUUCCAAAUCCGACUUCUGCCUUAUCGGCUGGAUCCCAAUUUAACUCCUGAGCCAAAAUCUAGAGAGGAAUAUUAUAGGAAGAGAUUCGGUGAUGCGAAAGCAGAGAUGAUAUUCAAGACUAUGGGUCCUAAAUUAGAAAGUAUGGGUUUCAAAGCCGACUUUGGCGGUACAUUAUCUUCAACACAUUUAGCACACAGAUUACAGACAUAUGCUUUAUUGACGAAGCCAAAUAAUCAAGUACCAUUAGCCAUGGAUGUGUUUGAAGGAUUCCACGGAUACAAAAAAGAUCCUUCCGAUAAACAAUGGUUAUCUCAAUUAGCUACCAAACAUGAGAUCUUCCAAACGGAAAAAGAAGCCUUGGAUUGGUUAAAUGGGAAUGAAUGUGAUGAAGAAGUCACAAAGGGUUAUUUGAUAGCUCAAAGAUUAGGUGUAACUGGUGUACCAUUCUUUGUAUUUCAAGAUAAAUAUGCAGCUUCGGGUGCUAUGGGUGAAGAAGAGCUCCUUAAGCUGCUCGAGGAGAUUGAUCAACGAGAAAGCACGCCUACGCAAGGAUCCAAUGGCCUUCUUGCUCAAGGAGAUUCGUGCGCUCCCAUCUGCAGCGUUCAUGGAGAAACGUGCAAGAUUGCCCAUGAAGCAUAA